AGGCUGAGAUCCGGAAGUCGGAACCUAGCCGUACAGCGCAUGUCCUCCGUCCUGGUGGUUGUUCUACCCUCUCCUCUGUGAUCCCCGCCGGAAGUGUAGGAAAAAAGUGGACAUAUUUGGAAUUACCCAUUUUUAAGCUGGACUGAUACAUCAUGAUGAAGCACAGACACAAAAAUAAAAAGCCAGGUAAAGGUUCCAAAGGCUGUAAGAAGCCUAUAAAGCAAAAUGGAAAGAAAGCAACUUCAAAAGUGCCCUCCGCUCCCCAGUUUGUUCAUUGCAAUGAUCAUGCCAGCCGGGAGGCAGAAUUAAAGAAGAAGAGGGUUGAGGAGAUGAGGGAGAAGCAGCAGGCUGCCCGGGAGCAAGAGAGACACAGACGCAGGACCAUUGAGAGCUACUGUCAGGAUGUCCUGAGACGCCAGGAGGAGUUUGAACGCAAGGAGGAGGUUUUGCAGGAAUUAAAUAUGUUUCCUCAGCUGGAUGAUGAGGCUACAAGGAAGGCUUAUUACAAGGAGUUCCGUAAGGUAGUACAAUACUCUGAUGUGAUUCUGGAAGUCCUGGAUGCCAGAGACCCAUUGGGGUGUCGGUGUUUCCAAAUGGAGGAGGCUGUUUUGCGGGCAGAGGGCAACAAGAAGCUGGUCCUGGUCUUGAACAAGAUUGACUUGGUUCCUAAGGAGAUUGUGGAGAAGUGGUUGGAUUACCUUCGUAAUGAGCUGCCAACUGUGGCUUUUAAGGCCAGCACUCAACAUCAGGUCAAAAACCUGAAUCGGUGUAAUGUGCCAGUGGAUCAAGCCCCUGAAUCGCUGCUAAAAAGCAAAGCUUGCUUUGGAGCUGAAAAUCUCAUGAGGGUUCUGGGAAACUAUUGCCGCCUGGGUGAAGUACGCACCCACAUCCGUGUGGGUGUCGUGGGCCUUCCCAAUGUUGGGAAGAGCAGCCUGAUCAAUAGCCUGAAGCGCAGCCGUGCAUGCAGUGUGGGAGCCGUUCCUGGGGUUACCAAAUUCAUGCAGGAGGUCUACCUAGACAAGUUCAUCAGGCUGCUGGAUGCUCCAGGCAUUGUCCCAGGACCCAACUCCGAGGUGGGCACUAUUUUGCGUAACUGCAUCCAUGUGCAGAAGCUGGCAGAUCCUGUGACCCCAGUGGAGACCAUUUUACAGCACUGCAACCUGGAAGAGAUUUCCAACUACUAUGGAGUUUCUGGGUUCCAGACCACCGAGCACUUUCUGACUGCAGUGGCCCACCGCUUGGGAAAGAAGAAGAAGGGAGGCUUAUACAGUCAGGAGCAGGCUGCUAAAGCUGUCCUAGCUGACUGGGUGAGUGGAAAGAUCAGCUUCUAUACACCACCACCACCCACCCACACUCUACCAGCCCACUUGAGUGCUGAGAUUGUUAAGGAAAUGACUGAGGUCUUUGACAUUGAAGAUACUGAGCAGGCCAAUGAAGACACCAUGGAAUGCUUGGCCACCGGAGAAUCAGAUGAGCUGUUGGGUGACACAGACCCGCUCGAAAUGGAGAUUAAGUGGCUUCAUUCUCCGAUGGUGAAAAUAGCAGAUGCCAUUGAAAAUAAAACCACCGUAUAUAAGAUUGGAGACCUCACUGGGUAUUGCACCAAUCCAAACCGUCAUCAGAUGGGGUGGGCUAAACGCAAUGUGGACUACCCCCUUCCCAAGAACAACAGUGUGGUGGAUGUUAGCCCAGUCGACCGCCGUCCGAUGCUGCAGAGGAUCAUGGAGACAGAUCCCUUGCAACAGGGUCAGGCUUUGGCAUCAGCCUUGAAAAAUAAGAAGAAGAUGCAGAAGCGUACAGAUAAAAUCGCCAGCAAGCUGUCUGAUUCCAUGAUGUCUGUUCUCGACCUCUCGGGCAACGGUGAUGACAGUGCUGGUGACUGAUCAGUUGAUCCCACUCCCCUCCCCCUCCAAGCACUGGUUCCUAUAGGAUGGGGGAGUACAAAUGGAGUUUGGUUCUCUCGGAAGUACCUAUAUAUAUAAAAAAACUUCCCAUGCUGUGUGUCCCCUCCCCAUACUGUUCCCUCCAUUCUCUCUAGAGAGGUUGGAGUUGCCAAAUCCAGUGAACUUUACUUAAUCCCUGCUGUGUUUUAUAAGAGAAAAUAUCAGCAGAGCCCAGGUGCUAACAAUUUAUCCCUCACUCUUAAUCCUAGGAUCCCACCCCGUAGGUUGAGCUGAUAUUAAGGAUGACCUCCCACAAGCCCUCUUAGACGGCUGAAUGUACAAAUAAAGGCUAGACUGUUAGUAGACCUAGAGCCCCUGCAGGGAAGAUGAUUUGUUUACCAUUCAAUGAGAGGUAUCACCACCAAGGUAUCCCUAUAAUGGGCUUCUGGCCAUGCAUCUUUCUUCCAAGUUCAUAGGUCCUCACUUGGGUGGCAGUGGGGACAGGGGAAUAGUGAUGAGCCUUUUUAUAUCUGUGCAAGGGUCUGGAGAUAGGAUAAAGGGAAGAAGAAAACAAAUAAGCCUGGCUGGUGUUAAAGUGUGUUAGAGACUAUAUUGUAGGAGGAGAAAACAAGGUACCUGUUGGUAGGGCAGCUGGGUGCUUUAGGGACAAGUCCCAUCUUGGCAUAUGUGAGAAUUGGAGAAAUUCCAUUAACUGAAGUGCUCUGGCUGAUCCCUGCCCUUGUGUGACCUUAUCCAGCAUCAGCAUUUGAAUUCCAUAAUUCUGGAGAGUUCUGAUACCAGUUAUUCAGAGUGUGUCCUUGAGAGAGUUGCUGUAUUUGGGACUGCACCAGCUAUCUUCUUUCCCAGUGGCUGGAACCUACCCAUUAAAAUAUAAUUAACUAUCACCUCUUGGAGGGCCUACCCUACUCAGACAAGGGCAUCAGGCCCAAGCACUACUAGGGGCCUGGCUUAGUCAGCUUGCUGUCACUAUUGUAAAAUACUUGAGAUAUCAGUUUAUAAGGAGAAAAGGCUUAUUUUGACUUAAAGUUUUAAAAGUUCCAGUCCAUGAUUGAUUGGCUCUAUUGCUUUGGCUUUCUGGUGAGAUAGCAUAGAUAAGCUGGUACAUGUGGUGACCAAAACCUUUCAUCUUAUGGCCAGGAAGCAAAAAAAGGAAAAAAAAAAAAAAUAGUGGGAGUGCCUGAAGUCCCACAAUCCCUUUCAAUAUCCCAAUGAUUUAAGGAUCUCCCACCAGGCCCCACCUCCUAAAAGUUUUACUUUACCCUGAGAUCAAGUCUUUUAACAUAUGGGCCUUUGGGAUACAUUCAGGAUCCAAGUUAUAACAAGCUCUUGUAAAGGGACUGGGAUAGAAGAUUACAACUGAAACAAUCUCAUUUUACUAGGAAUUUUUGUUUCUUGUACAAAAUUUCAGUUCCUAGCCAUUUAUCCAGAGUUGAUAUAUUUGUAAGGAGUGGGCAUUACAUUACUUCAGUCUUUGCUACCUACACUAAACUUCCAUACCAUCCUUUGACCAUGAAUAUAUACCCUUUAGUCUUGCUCUUGCCUCUGCCUCUCAGGCUGGCACCCAAAGUUUACCUAACCAGAUCCUAAGAAUGGAAUCAGGUGACACAGGAGAAAGCUUCUGACUAUAGGCUCUUCUGUCUGGAAAGUGCGGACUUCUACUGUAUUCAGGCACAGCCAAAGGAAGGAGUUAGUUACUAACUGUGCACAAACUGCAACA